CUGAUGACGUGUUUCCGCCGGGUUGCAUGUGGACUUUUACAGUAACACGUGUAAUUCAGCAGUGAGAGGAAAGUCUCGGCUUUAGUCUUUAUUUCACUUAACAAGAGGGGUUUUCAGUCGCAAACCAGAAUGACGAAACCAAAAUUCAAGGGCAGAAGUUCCAUAAAUCCGUCCAACUCCAGCAGUAAUCCCGAUCGAGUAAAGGGAACUGGAGGGAACAACAUGAGGGACCGUGGCACUAUCAAGCGUCUGAAUAUGUACCGGCAAAAACAGAGAUGUAACAGUCGGGGUAAAGUCAUCAAGCCUUUACAGUACCAGUCCACUGUGGCCCCUGGGACUGUAGCCAGAGUUGAACCCAACAUCAAAUGGUUUGCUAAUACUCGGGUCAUCAAGCAGUCAUCCCUCCAGAAGUUUCAGGAAGAGAUGGGUGCGGUGAAGAAGGAUCCAUACCGAGUGGUGAUGCGCCAGAGCAAGCUCCCCAUGUCCCUCCUGCAUGACAGAAUAAAAGCACAUAACUCCAAGGUGCACAUUCUGGAUACAGAGACAUUUGAGACCACGUUUGGGCCUAAGGCUCAGAGGAAGAGGCCUAACCUGAGUGUGGGGGAACUGAAGGAGCUAGCUGAGAAUGCUGAGGCUUCAGCUCAGGGCUACAGUGCAGAGAAAGACCGUGACCUGGUGACUGAAGAUAGUGGAGUCAGGGAAGAGGCUCGUGAGGAGAUCUUCAAGAAAGGACAGUCGAAGAGGAUCUGGGGCGAGCUGUAUAAGGUAAUCGAUUCUUCAGAUGUUAUCAUCCAGGUGCUGGACGCUCGAGACCCCAUGGGCACCCGGUCACAGAACAUUGAGACCUACAUGAAGAAAGAAAAGCCCUGGAAGCACCUCAUCUUUGUGCUCAACAAAUGUGACCUUAUUCCUACUUGGGUGACGAAACGCUGGGUUGCAGUGCUGUCUCAGGAGUACCCUACGCUUGCCUUUCAUGCCAGCCUCACCAACUCCUUCGGCAAGGGCUCUCUUAUUCAGCUCCUCCGUCAGUUUGGAAAGCUCCACACAGACAAGAAGCAGAUCAGCGUGGGUUUCAUUGGUUACCCCAAUGUAGGAAAGAGCUCCAUCAUCAACACCCUGCGCUCCAAAAAGGUCUGCAAUGUGGCGCCCCUCGCUGGUGAGACCAAGGUUUGGCAGUACAUCACACUGAUGAGGCGUAUUUUCCUUAUUGACUGCCCUGGCGUUGUCUACCCCUCUGAGGACAGUGAGACUGACAUUGUGUUAAAGGGAGUGGUCCAGGUUGAGAAGAUCCGCAACCCAGAGGAUCACAUUGGAGCUGUUUUGGAGAGAGCGAAGGCCGAGUACAUCCAGAAAACAUAUCGUGUCCCAUCCUGGAGCUCUGCCGAGGACUUUCUGGAAAAGCUGGCCUUCCGGACGGGGAAACUACUCAAGGGAGGAGAACCUGACUUGUCCACUGUCUCCAAAAUGGUGCUAAAUGACUGGCAGAGGGGACGCAUCCCCUUUUUCGUCAAGCCGCCUGGAUUUGAGAUAGAUGAAGAGGCUAAGGCACUGCUGCCAGUGGAGGCAUCUGGAGUGGAAGCAGAGCAGGACGGUUGUGAAGACAGACCUGAGCAGCAGAGCACAGAGACAGCAGAGGCCACUGAGCAGGAUGUCUCACUGCUGCAGAGACAGAAACAUGAACAGGUGCAAAUGAUCCUGGCCAGCGUCAGACAGAACUUCGGCAAAAUUAAUGUAGCCCCGGAGUUCAGUGAGGAGGACCUUGUGCCAGUGGAUAUGCCUGACCUCCUUGACUCUUCAGAAUCGGAGGAGGAUGAAAAAGAAGAUGGGAGUGAGGAGGAGGAGGAUGAGAAUGUGGAGGAGACUGGAAAGCAAGAAGAGGAGAGUGGAGAAGCCGAAGAUGGAAAGGAAUUGUCUGCAGAUGGCCCUUCUGCCAAAGCAGAGGGCAAAAGUGCACGGGAGGUGAACAAAGAGUUGGACGAGAAGAUAGCCAAAUUGAAGCAUUUCCUGGACCGUGCCAAGUCCAAACGCUUUUCUGCCAUCCGAAUUCCCAAGGGCCUUUCUGAGAAGGUGUUUGUUUCAAGCGAAACAAAAACAGCACAGAAGGGCAUAAAGAAACCACAACCGAAAGCUGUGACGCAUGUCGGCAGAAAGAGAAAAGCUCAGGAGGAUGAGGAGUCAGCGCGGCCAACCAAACUCACGUCUAAAGAGAAAAGGAGAAUGGAGCGUACCCAGAAGGUGAAGAAGGUCGGAGUCCGUUAUUACGACACACACAACGUGAAGAACAAAAAUAAGAACCGGAAAAUGCCCAAGGAAGGCAGUACAGGCAGAAGAGCCAAGCGAUAAGACCAUUUGCUCUGACGUAUGCCUGAGCACACAUAUUUCUAUGGACCUGUCUAGUUUGGGACAUUGGGGUGGGAGGGGAGGUAUAGCGAUGAAGAGCAUUUACUGUGAGGGUUUGAUUCAUCUCUGAUUUGAAUCAUUACUUCACAGAUAUACAUUUCUUGCACCAUCCAUCAACAUAACAAUGAUGAUAAUGAGCUGCUACACCAUCCUUAUGUGUAAAAGCCCAAGGAGGUUUUACCAGUGAUUACCUGAAUACUGUUGACAGAAAAUUUCGUUGUUCAGCAGCACUGAAACUCAGUGUGUGAGAAAAUAUCAAUAAAGUGGACAGCAGUGGA